AUGGAUUCCCACGAUCCGGAUGGACUUGUUAAUCUGCGAAAGUUGGCAGACCACUUCGCUUUAAAUUUACCUGAAGAUAAGAAAGUCCCAAUCGUACUCGUUCCGGGAUUUGCUGGUUGGGGCACGCCAUUAUUCGGUACUAUCAACUAUUGGGGCGGAAUCGAGAAUAUGCCAAGAUUGUUGAUGGAUAAGGGAUACACUGUGAUUAUUACACCCGUUGGACCGAUCUCUUCUAAUUGGGAGCGUGCUUGUGAGCUGUAUAGGCAGCUUACCUGCGGAAGGUUCAAUCGGUUCGUUCCUGAGACUCAAGAUGUCGAAGAGCACCAUGAUCUCGACAUUAGCUAUGGUAAAUACUUUGAGUCAGAUCCAGAGAAUGGCCCUCGUCAGUCGAGGACUAGCGGUCGUAAAAGAGCGAUUCUAUUUUCUCCAUCCCCACAAGAGUAUGCCGACUGGAAGUGGAGUGAAACAUCUAAAGCUCAUUUUAUCUGUCAUUCUCAAGGCGGGGUUACAGUCAGGUACUUAAUUAGCCUGAUGCUUCGCGGCGCCGGAGAUAUACACCCAGAAUAUUUUGACUCUGGAGGAAGGGACACCUGGGCUAUUUCUGUGAUAACAUUAGGAACGCCUCAUAAGGGUACGACGAUUAUCGAUGUCGUUGAGAAUUUUUUAUUGAACUCAGCUAGCCAGGCGAUUAAAUUGGUCGCAAGAUUGUUCGCCACCGCGUCUUUUAGUCGCCCCGAGCAACGGGUUUAUGAUCUUCAACUUGACCAUUGGGGUAUAUGUAGAGAUGGGAAUGAAACAUUUCAGGAAAUGCGCUCGCGAUUCGAGUCAACUUCCGGGCCGGUGUCAAAAUGGUACAAUUCCAAUAUUAACGGUUUCUACGACAACAGCAUUAAAGGUGUUGGUGACCUCAACAGAAAGGCAGCCCCUGCAUCACCAAAUAUCUAUUACUUCACCCUGUCUUUUCAUAGCACAGUGCCAUUCCCGUCCUACUGGCCUCCGUGGACAAUUAACGCCAUCAGAUCUUUUCCGGUUCCACUGGUCAGCUUCAUCCGCGAAGUGCUUUACUCGAUCCCGCUCGUAAAUAUCGGCGUUUGGAUCGUCGAUAGCAUUGUGAACGGGAUCCUAAAUACCGCCGGAUGGGCAAUUAUUUCACGGCUCAUUAGCAUCCACGAUCUCGUGCGUUGGGUGACCCAGGAAGUACUAAACCGGCUAUUGUAUGAGACCGAUUACAAAGUUAGUUUGCCGCCGCCGGGUAGGUAUCUGCCGCGGAAUGAUGUUAUGCCAUUGAUACUGCCCGUUGUCUACGCAAUGGGUGGUCAGGAUCUUUCACCUGAACAAAAGCGUAUCCUCGGGCCGAAUCUGGGAGAUUGGUACCAAAAUGACGGCGUCGUGAACACCGAAUCGAUGUGUGGGCCACAUGGUUCGGUCGUGAAAGAUAUCGCCGCCUUUCCCAUUUCAGAUAUCAAUAGUGAUAGUGCCCGUGGAAUAUAUUGGCAUUUGGGCGUCAAUGAUCGCAUGGAUCAUCUCGAUGAGAUAGGAAUUAUUAUUCAAGAGGACACAGCACAUUCUAUGAACGAAAUGUACUUCAACCUCGCAACCAUAGUCACACGAUUACCGCCUAGAAGACGGCAACCAUCCCACCUAUAA